ACAAUGGCGCAGGUGAAUCAACCAAAUUUAUCGCUUGAUAGGACGAGAUCUGCUUUGAGGGAUGUCCUUGAUGCCUUCCUCAGUCCUGAAAACAAGGCCUUGAUGGACAAGCAGAAAGAAGCAGCAGGCAAUGAUAUGAUGCAUAUGAUGCACCUUGUCUUCCCAGCUGCGACACAGAUUCAGAUGGAGGCGAUACAGAAGUAUGGAUUCACACCUGAUGGAGAAGGUGCAAUCAAGUUUGCCCAGACGGUGCGGCAGUACGAGUCUGCUGACAACGAGGUAGCAGAGAUGGCAUCGAGACUGAAGUCCAUGUUCCUUCCUCCGCUCCCCUCCAUGGCUCCGCCCCAAACGCAAGGCCCAAUGGGGGCAACAUGAUGUACCCCUGGCUACCGGAAGAAACAUCAAAGACUUCUUUGAAUGAGUACAUAUGAUAUGACUGUUCAUGAACCCAUGAUUUUGGUUCUGUGGAACUUCCUCUGUAUUCAGUGAGACAGUUCACUCAAACUGAAAUCAAUGGAUAAUUUUUUCACUGGACUUAGUGGAUUUUCAUGGAGUAAAAGCUGGUAGGACACUAAGUCACUAACUCAUUUUGAAUCUCGUAGAGUAAGGCUGUGCAUAACGGUGUAAUGAAGUACUUGAGUACACUCCUAGGCUUACAGGCGAAUACUCGGACGCCAUGUUUUUUUUUAAAA